UUUUCCUCACACCACGUGACCGCAGCGUUAGUUCUAAUCCAAUGGCGCCACACUAUUGUGUUCGUCUGUUUUUCUAUCUUCUUUUCGUCGUAGUCUCAGCAGAGCUGAAGGCAACACACACAAACGAAUGGGCCGUUGAGAUCGACGCCGACCGACCGACAGCAGACCACAUCGCACGCAGACACGGUUUCAUCAACAUGGGCAAAAUUACAGGAUUAGACAAUAUCUACCACUUCGAACGACGUGAAAUACCACGUCGUAUGGCAAGAUCAGCCCAUUAUCACACAAGCAGACUAGUGACGGAUCUGAAGGUGAAGUGGGCGGAGCAGCAGAUUAUUAAGAAGCGCGUGCGACGUCAGAACCAAUUCGUGAUGCCGCAAGAUCGAUAUUGGUCCACGCAGUGGUAUUUGAACAGCAGAGUCAGUACUCGCGGAACAUCAUCGCAUCACAACGUCGAACCGGUGUGGAAGCAAGGAAUAAACGGCACAGGCGUCGUUGUCUCGAUCCUCGACGACGGAAUACAGAGGACCCAUCCAGAUAUCAUAGCCAACUAUGACCCGAAAGCAAGUUAUGAUUACAACUCGUUUGACAGUGAUCCGUAUCCGAGAGCAACGCGGAACGACGAAAACAAUCAUGGUACUCGCUGUGCUGGCCUGGUGGCCACUGCCAAGAACCGACUUUGUGUGGUCGGAGUCGCAUUCAAUGCUAAGAUCGGAGGCGUGCGGAUGCUCGACGGAGACGUCACCGACAACAUCGAAGCGAGAUCCCUAAGCCACAACCGAAAUCACAUCGACAUUUACAGCUGCAGCUGGGGACCGGACGACGACGGCAAAACCGUCGACGGCCCCGGUCGACUGACCAGAGAUGUUCUCGCCGUAGGAGCUCGCAGUGGUCGCAACGGGCUGGGCUCGAUCUACGUCUGGGCGUCGGGAAACGGCGGCCAAAGACAAGACGACUGUGGCUGCGACGGUUACACCAACAGCAUCUACACUAUAUCCGUCAGCUCCGUCACGGCUCGGCAAGAGCAACCAUGGUAUUUGGAGAGCUGUGCGUCUACUUUGAUAUCGACAUACAGCAGCGGCUAUCCGAACAGAAAUAUGGUUACUACUGAUAUCGAUAGCCGUUGUACCAUGCAUCACACGGGAACGUCGGCGUCCACGUCGUUAAUGGCGGGCAUCAUUGCUUUGGCAAUCCAGGCGAAUCCUCGUCUGACGUGGCGAGAUGUACAGCACAUAGUCGUUCGUUCGGGUAAAAAAGUCGAUCCCAGUGGCGGAGGCUGGGUUACCAACGGUGACGGCAGGGUUGUUAGUCACAAGUACGGGUACGGUGUGGUGGAUGUGGAAAGGUUGGUAAAUUUGAGUCGGCAGUGGAAAACGGCUCCUACGAAAUACACCUGCGUUGUUUCGUCGACGGUUAAGAACAGGAAACUGAAAUCGCAAAAAGAAACAAGCAAACUCCCGACAAAGGCCUGCAAACGAACAUCCAACGAGAUCCGUUAUCUAGAACACGUCGAACUUCGUAUCUCUCUCAAAGCCAAGCGAAGGGGAACAAUCAGCAUACAAUUGCGAUCACCCCGCGGCACCAUCUCCACCCUACUCGACUUCCGCCGCCACGACUCUUCCCGUCGCAGCUACGAGAACUGGACGUUCAUGACAACCCAUUGUUGGGGAGAGAAUCCAAGAGGAACGUGGAAGCUAAUAAUUAGAUCAGAAAAAUCCAAGCCAGAUGCUACUCUAACCGGGUGGACUCUAAUAAUGCAUGGGACGAAACUACCGAUUAUGGAAACCUAGUUAGUAGUGACGGUUAGGGUCAAAAUUAGUAGUUUGGCAAACCAAAUGACAUAGAAUUUAGAUAGACUUUGUUGGUAUCAUUUUGACUGAUGAAUGUGUAUGUAUUGUAUUAUGUAUGUAUUGUAUGUAUGUACUGUA